CCCGCCCAGUGGCAUGGAACCAUUCGCAUAUGAACGCGUUGAAGCAAAGCAUUCUUCCUCUCUCCCUCUCCCCUCUGGUUUUCUCUCCCCUCUCGCUGUCUGCCCAAUUUAGCGUCGCCCCUCCCUGAGACAGUAGAUCCCACUGCGAAAUUCGUCAAAGGGAUCUACGAGCAGACGAGGAGAUGGGGUUGACGUUCACGAAGCUCUUCAGCCGGCUGUUUGCCAAGAAGGAGAUGCGGAUCUUGAUGGUGGGUCUUGACGCUGCUGGUAAGACCACCAUCUUGUACAAGCUCAAGCUUGGAGAAAUCGUCACUACCAUCCCGACUAUCGGUUUUAAUGUGGAAACCGUGGAGUACAAAAAUAUCAGCUUUACUGUGUGGGAUGUCGGUGGUCAAGACAAGAUCCGUCCAUUGUGGAGGCACUACUUCCAGAAUACCCAAGGUCUGAUAUUUGUGGUCGACAGCAAUGACAGAGACCGAGUUGUGGAGGCAAGGGAUGAACUACACCGCAUGUUGAAUGAGGAUGAGCUUCGAGAUGCUGUUCUGCUUGUAUUUGCUAACAAGCAGGAUCUUCCCAAUGCAAUGAAUGCUGCCGAGAUUACUGACAAACUCGGUCUCCACUCAUUGAGGCAGCGGCAUUGGUACAUACAGAGCACCUGUGCCACCUCGGGAGAGGGACUUUACGAGGGUCUGGAUUGGCUCUCCAAUAACAUAGCAAACAAGGCUUGAGCAAAGAUUACUGAAGGGUUACCGUUGCGGAUUGCCAAUUCUGGAUGCAGGGGUGAAUGUUAUCUAGCUAUCUUUGGUUUGCUUUGUUUUUGAGACAAGUUGACUGGGGCUAUGUUUUUGUUCUUUUGUCACUUUUUCUUUUGGUAAUGAUAAAUUUGGGUAACAUUUCUAUGGCUGCAGUUUGUAAUACAAAGAAAAGAAGGAUCAUAACUUCCUAUUAUUCUCCCAAAGAAGACACCCUUAUAGCUUUCAUGCUUUAGCUUCCCUCCUGAUUGAAAAAGAAUGGAAUGAAUUGGAAUAUUA